AUGUCUCCCUCACGCCUAUUCCAGCCCCUCAAGGUGGGCAAUGCCACCGUGCAGCACCGCAUCGCCAUGGCCCCCCUGACCCGGUUCAGGGCCGACGAGAACCAUGUGCCACUGCCGUUCGUCAAGGAAUACUACGCCCAACGAGCGUCCGUGCCAGGAACUCUGCUCGUCACCGAGGCUACCCUUAUCUCCAAGCAAGCUGGCGGCUACCCCAACGUCCCCGGCAUCUGGUCCAAGGAGCAGAUUGCGGCGUGGAAGGAGGUCGUGGAUGCCGUGCACGCGAAGGGAAGCUUUAUCUACCUACAGCUCUGGGCCCUCGGCCGUGUAGCAAACCCAGACCAUGCCAAGAAGGAGGGUAUUGAGGUCAAAUCAGCUAGCGCCAUCCCCGAGGCCGAAGGCAAGGCUGUGCCCAAGGAAUUCACCAAGGAGGACAUCAAGUCGUUCACCGAUGAUUACGCGCAGGCCGCUCGCAAUGCCGUCGAGGCAGGCUUCGACGGUGUCGAGAUUCACGGCGCCAACGGCUAUUUGAUCGACCAGUUCAUCCAGGACAACACGAACCAGCGGACAGAUGACUACGGUGGUAGUGUUGAGAACCGUUCUCGUUUUGCCAUCGGCGUGGCCACUGCCGUCGUCGACGCCAUCGGCUCCGCCAAGGUCGGCAUCCGGUUAUCGCCGUGGUCGGACUUCCAGGGCAUGAAGAUGAAGGACCCCGUCCCGCAGUUCACAGACGUCAUCAACAAGCUCAAGACACAGAAGCUGGCCUACCUGCACCUCGUCGAGUCGCGCAUUAGCGGCAACGCUGAUUCGGAGGCAACCGAGGGAGUCGACUUCGCUGUGAAGGUAUGGGACAACACGUCGCCCGUGUUCAUUGCCGGUGGAUUCACGCCCGAAAGUGCCAAGCGCCUGGUGGACGAGGAAUACAAGGACAGGGACGUGGUGGUUGUUUUUGGUCGCCACUUCAUCUCGACGCCCGAUCUACCUUUCAGGAUCCUGAAGGGAAUUGAACUGACACCAUAUGACCGUGACACAUUUUACAAUGCUGGAGAGACAAGGGGCUAUACCGACUGGCCCUUCAGCGAGGAGUUUAAGAAGGAGAUCCAGAUCUAG